AUGAAACAAAAUCAUGGAAAUCACGAAAGUCGUGGGAGUCAUGGAAGUCGUGGGAGUCAUGGAAUUCAUGGAAGUCGCGAAAGUCAUGAAGUUAUAGCAGUUGGUAGAGGUCAUGGUAAAAGUUAUGAAAAUUUUCUUCGUUUGAAAAGGCGUAGUCAAAAAUUAUGUGAUUUGUUUAAUAAAUUAGAAGGUGUAACGUGUAAUAGUGCUCAGGACAAGUUUAGUGAUCUUGGGUUGCCGGUGGAAGUCGGAGUAAAUGAUAUAGGAGAGGAAAUAGAUACAACUAAGUUAGAAGUAAGAAAAAAGGAAUCAAUGGACUGUGGAAUCAAAGAAGGAGGAUCAUCAGAUCACGAAGAUCAACCAUCUUUAGUCAAAGAAGGAAGACCAUCAGAUCACGGAAAUCAACUAUCCUUAGUGAACGAAAUAAAACCAUCGGAUCCAUCAUCUUUAGUGGAAGAAGGAAGACAAUCAAAUCACGGAAAUCAAUCAUCUUUAAAGAUAUUUUGGAGGUCAGUAUCUUCAAUGAAAGAAGGAAGACCAUCAGAUUACAGAAAUAAAACAACUUUAAACCACGUAAACCGAUCAUCCUUGAUGUACGAAAGAAGACCAUCAGACUACGAAGAUCGAUCAUCUUUGGCAAACAAAAGAAUACAUUUAGACCAUAGUCGUUGUUUUUCAUCUAAAACAUUCACAGAAUUGGUAGACGAAUUUGCAGCAAAAACACACGUUAUGAAACCUAGAGAUCAAAUUUUCGAAAUAAAAGAUACAGAUAAAUUAGAUAAAUUUUACUCAAAAAUGUUUUGA